UUUGUAAGGAUAUAACGUGGCAACAAUGUACAUUUAAAAGCUGGCAAUGCUGUAAAUUUAACUACCUCAGACGCACACUUUUCUCUGUCGCAGUCAGAUAUAGUUCACUAGCUGAUCGUUCCAUUUAGGUAGAGUUCGGUAUCGUACCAGGUUCAGAUUCAGGUUUGCUUUAUUUAAAGUACCAGGAGCCUCCUGCUCCUUUUACACUAUUAUCCUUUCAAUCUGUAAUCUCUUUUACAAUAUCACCACUUUAGUAUUCUCCCUGUAUACAGCUACAGUCUUACAAUUUUGCUAUCCCUAUAACCUUGACAUAACCACAGCGUUUUCUGCAGAGUCGGUAAUUCAGACCCUGAGACAAAAGAAAGCAUUGCAUACAGUGUCUGUACGAAUCCUAAGUCUGUGCCACUAUGGACGCGUACGUAACCGCGACAUACAGUGUCUUAUACACAGAAUUCAUUGUAGCAUGUAUGUAGUAAGAAAAAUUUGUCAUUAUGUAAUAUUUUGGAAACUACUAAAUUUCCGAAAUUGAAAUUUUACAUUUCGGAAUCUCUCCCCCUACGCUCUUCCCAAAUUUCGUCUUGAUCUGCAGCGGGUACUUAUCGGAAGUUUUACCCAAUUGAUUUUAUGUUCAUCUUUUGAAGUAGCUUUCAUGGAAAGAAGUUUUUAUGUAAUUUGAAAGAUUGUAUUAACGAGCGCAGAGUUUCCGUGUAUGGUGCACAGUUGAAUCUAAAAAAUUAGAUCGCGUGUUUAUCGACGAUCACAUGUUUAUCACGAUUACAUUUUCAUCAAAGAUGUCUCUUCGUUCGAUGAUCAGAGAAGGAAAUCAAAGAAGGGAAAAAGGUCAGGAACGAAGGGUAUUAGGUCGAGACGAGACGAAUAUACAGUCCGUUGCGACGGCCGACUAUCGAAAUAAUUCUAAUAUAUCCCUCCCCAAAGUGUUCUUGGAUGGGGAGUUGUUCGAUGAACAUCAUCACAUGUUUUUAUGCGCGAUUCCUCGUCGAAGCAUCAUUGGACUAACAACAGCAUACAAUUCACCUUUCCGAUGACAAUGGCGACUUUCCAUAAGAAGCACCUUUGCUCGUCAAAUCUAUCUAUAAACGCUGUGUUUUUCGAUUUGGACAACACGCUCAUCAAGACUAGGAAUGGCGACAAUCAAACGUGCCGAAAGUUGGCUGAGGAACUAACAGAAGAGUAUGGCAUACCUGAAGAUGCAUCUAUCAAGAUUACAACGUUAUAUUUGAAACUGUUUAGAAAGUGCCCUGACAAUAUGAUUUAUACACUGGAUGCUUGGCGCAUAAGUUUGUGGAGUAAAGCACUCGGCGAGAAAUAUUCUUACUUAGCAACCAGAGUUUAUGAAAGAUGGUUGUAUCUACGGUAUUAUUAUUUAGCACUAUCCUCGGAUACAAUUUUAAUGCUGAGACAGUUGAGGAUAAAGUACCUCCUAGGUCUGAUAACUAAUGGCCCUUCAAAUGCACAAUGGGAGAAGAUACAUAAAUUAUCAUUAGAACAGUAUUUUCAUGUUAUUUUGGUGUCUGGAGAUUUACCGUAUGAAAAGCCAGAAAGACCUAUAUUUACGAAAGCUUGCCGAUUUUUAAAUGUUAAACCAGAGAAGUGCAUCAUGGUCGGUGAUAAAUUAGAAACUGAUAUUCUAGGUGGAAUAAAGGCAGGUUUCGGAAGUACAAUUUGGAUUCCAAUUUCGGACAAUUCACGGUUGUUAGAAGAAGAUCCACAACCAGAUUUUAUUAUAACUCAUAUAACAGAUCUCUUGAAUAUUUUGAAUAGAGGUACUGGUGUGCCCGAACUUCAGGACUCUUCUUCGAAUGCAUCAGAUGGCAGCUAAUGAGGAAACAAAACUAUCUAUUUUUUUAUUUUUCAUAGAAUAUUAUAGCUAUUAUAGCCUGCUUAUCGGAGGAAGAAAUUUGACCUACGCAGAUGUUCAUAAUAGUUAUCCAUGCAUGUCCAUAAUUGGAGUUAGGUGUGGACAACUAUUUUGACCAUCGAUGUACCUCUUCUUCCGAAAAAUAGACUAUAGGAAUUAAAUUUCUGUUACAAAACUGGUUUCGUUUCACGGAAUUUUGAAACGACACCUUGCGAUUCAAAAUUGUUUAUUAUAGUUAACUAUAAUAAUAUAUAAUUUAUUAUACACGUUAUGAAAACACUACAGACAAUUUUCUUGAAAAGUGUCUGUUUGUUUUGGUACUACAUAGAACAAAGUAAAAGUAUGGACUGCAAAGAAACAAACGAUUGGUGAUAUUACAUAUAAACGAAGAGACAAUGUCUAUUUUUACACGAUAUUUUUUUUUAUUAUACUUUACUGCUGAGAAAAUUUACUGCAUCUUUUCAGUUUUUUUAUUACUUAUGUGAAACUAUAACUGCAUUUUUAUAGGAACGAGCAGUGCUUGUUUUGUUUUUCCUUCAGUACUUGAUAAUCUUUUGUAAAAACCUUUUUGUUCUUCAUGUAAGCAUAUACAUAUAAUAAUUUGUUAUAAGUGAAAAGAGUACAAUUUGAGUACAAAGUGCAUUAGCCCAUUUGGAACUAUUUAGUGAUAAGAGAUGGAGGUACUAUCAAAGACAUGUACUUUAGUUUUAUGUCCUAUUUAUACUUUUGUGUAAUGACAACGUAUACACAAACGCAACAACGUCUAUGCAAUGUCCGAGACAAGUGUAUUGUAAAAAUCUGUGAACGUACGUUUAUAGUUGUGAUAUAUACGUUUAAUAUAUACAUAGUAUAUAUACAUUGUUUAAACGAACCGCGUAUAUAUUGUAAUUAUAUAUGUGUACCUAAGAUGUGUAUUUUUCAUCGAAAUAUUUUGUCUUUCUUGAACUACCGUGUACAAACAUGAUGAAGAACUGAUGAUGUAAAAACAAUAGCAAAACUUAUUUCUAUUGGGAAGGAACUAUAACAAAUAAAAACAAUAUUUUUCUGGCA